AGCUGUGGAUAAUAAAGCUAAUUUUUAUCAGAAGCUGAAUCUACGGAAAAGGACUUUACCUUUACCUAAAAAGGAUCCUUCUACAAGCUCCGAGAACUAAUCUACCAACUCACAAUCAAGCCAGAGAGUACAGAAAUCUGCGGCCACGAUCCACGGAAAGAAACCAUCGGAAACCGGCAAGCAUUUCAGUUCGUGAUUCUGCAAGGAUCUCGUUAUCCUUAACAGAAAAUCGGGACAUGUGGCCAUAGUAGCCGGUCUCCAAGAUAGCAGAGGGCUAUAUCCUCAGGCCCCUCAGUGGAGGGUUAGCGAAGCAGGCCCAGGAAGCUGAAUUUAAGAGUCGUAGUCAAGAUGAAUCGAGGCAAAAUAACCUUCGGUAAAAUUAAGCUGAACUCAGCGCCAUCCACAGCCACCAGCCAAGAUGAAGGGAAGGAUUCAGGUACAUCAGCAUCGACCGAAUCAUUCGGAUCUUUCGGACGGAUAACAGAGCUACCGACACAAUCGAACCCUACCGAUGCCUCGGUCGAGAAGAUCGCGGCCGAUCUGGAUAACAGCAAGCUACAGGAGGUGAUGGGUAUAUCAGGAUUUGGCCGUAAGCUGGCCAAGCAAUUCGACAUCAACGAGAUGGUACAGCGUGCUAAACAGAACGCUCCGAAACCGGUGGUAGAUCAUGAGAGUAUUAACGAGACAGCAGAAAAACCCUCCGAUGACGACGGCGACGAUGAUGAUGAUGAUGAGGAUGAGGACGAGGACGAGGUGAUCGGCCCAGUACCUACCGCUGCAGCAACAACAUCAAAAGCAGCUAAAAGCAAACACGAUUCCGAUGACGACGAGCAGGACGAUGAGAAUGAUAAUGAUGAUUACGACGAGGAUGCUCCGAUUAACAAACUACCACAUUCGCAUGAAGUCGAGAUGCGGCACGGAUCGAAAGCGAUCAUAGCGCUUGCUAGCGACCCGUCCGGUGUGCGUUUGGCAUCCGGUUCGAUGGAUUAUAAUGUGAACUUUUGGGACUUUUCCGGCAUGGACAAAUCGAUGAAGAGCUUCCGGUCGCUGCAGCCAUGCGAGAACCAUCCGAUCCGCGGUUUACACUAUUCCUUCUCCGGUGAUAUGAUGCUGGUCGUGUCGGGUAGCUCCCAGGCCAAGGUGCUGGAUCGUGAUGGGUUCGAGAAGAUGGAGUGCGUCAAGGGUGACCAGUACAUUACCGAUAUGUCCAAGACGAAGGGUCACAUUGCGGGACUGACGGGUGGUUGCUGGAGCCCGGUACGUCGUGAGGAGUUCCUCACGAGUGCCAACGAUGCCACAUUGCGUACCUGGGUGUUUGCGAAGACGAAAGAGCAACGGGCGGUUAUCAAAACCCGAGCGCAAGGUGGUCUCAAAACGAACCCGACAUGCUGUACGUACAACCGCGAAGGGACACUGAUAGCGGCCGGCUGUAGUGAUGGAUCGAUACAAACGUGGGACACACGGAAGAUGUUCGUCCACACGACGCACUGUAUCCGGGAUGCGCAUACAAAGGGAUCGGACAUCUCAUCCGUACUCUUCUCGUACGCCGGUUUCUUGCUGGCCUCCCGGUCCACUGACGAAACGCUGAAGCUGUGGGACAUGCGAGCAUUCCGGAAACCGUUGCACGUGUUCGACGGGUUGUUCAGUCGGUACGAUACAACCGAUUGUUGCUUCAGUCCCGAUGAUACGAUGAUACUGACCGGGGAAUCGCUACCGAAGGGUGCCCAGCAGGCACAUCUGUACGUGUACGAUACCAAAACGUUCGAUCAGGUGGCAAAACUUCCGAUAACGGAUUCGCAUAUCAUCCGAACGUUGUGGCACCCGAAGUUGAAUCAGAUCUUUAUCGGCUGUGGUAACGGAGUGAUUCGUGGACUGUACGAUGAAAAGCGCAGUAUGCGGGGUGCGAAGCUGUGUGUCGUGCGUACACAUCGACGGAAGAAGGACUCCGAGAUCGUCAGUACGACGCAGAUCAUCACGCCACAUGCGCUACCGAUGUUCCGCCAGGAGAAAACACGUUCCCUUCGCAAGAAACUCGAAAAGGAACGGUUGGAUCCGGUGAAGUCGAAGCGUCCCGAUCUACCGAUCACCAGUGGACAAGGUGGACGUGUGGCUAGUUCCGGUGGUACACUUUCGUCGUACGUUAUCCGUAAUCUCGGGUUAAGCAAGCGUGUCGAGGAUGAUCAGGAUCCGCGCGAGGCAAUCCUCAAGUACGCGAAGGAGGCCGCCGAAAAUCCGUACUGGAUUGCGCCGGCAUAUUCGAAGACGCAACCCAAACCCAUCUUCAACAACGAGGACGAACCGGAUGCAAAGAAAGCGAAGGGAGAAUAAUGCGGUUGCAAGGGUCCAGAGUAAGGAUUAAUAAAAUUAACUAAAGAA